CAUCACACACUGCCUAGCUGUCAGAAGUAUGUAACGUAUGUAGUGUUAGCCGUUACUGUCUCACAGCUUAGGAAUGUAAAGGCCACUGAUGCUGACCUCUUUCAAACCUUGGCUUGCCCGCGGGGCAUAGCCCCGUCAUCAUGUAGCCGCCAAGCUGAAAGAACACGGAUAGCAUACGCUAACACACGACACGACCUAUCAAGCUUCCUAAUAAACACACUGCAUAGCAAUUGUGUAUAUCUCCAAACGCACCCACUACGUUCCGAACCCCAUACCCACAACUUAGCUGUCUUUCAGUAAGUGCAAACAUCCACACAUCCGACAAUCAAAUGACCCUCUGAACAUCAACAUACAUGCAAUACAGAUUUAUGUAACUUGAAAUGUGGGUAGAGUUUAUAAAAUGCUAAUAGGCUGUCAUUUUGGUAACUAAUAGUCUUCUCUCCGCAGGUCUCAGGUUUCUCCAGGUCGGGUGUGGGUGCUGAACUUUACUUCCUUGACCUGGCAGGCUAUAGGGAAGUCUAGUGACGAGGCCCAGACAGGCCGCGAGGCCACGGAAAGCCAAAGCACAAUGGGGUUGCCUUCCCUGUCUGCAAUGCCGCCUUCUCUUGGUGCUAAUGACAGUAGCAACAGGGAAACUCAGACCGCUACAACUAGAGACCCUCUGGUUUUCUGCCCAUGGUCUCACGGUCUGGUAGCCCUCUACAUCUCCAAUACCUCCACCACCAUCACCUGGCUUCUAUCUUAUGGCAGUGACACCUGGCGAAGACUCCACAAAGACCAGGGUGUCGUCUUUACCUCAGAGGCGGCGUCUCUAGUAGCUAGCUGGUGCGGUCGAGAUCGUGACGCUCUCUGGCUCCUCACCACUGUCAGGAGCCCGCCAACUGCUGUAACAGCACACGACGCCACUGACAGACAAACACUGUGGAAGCUAGACCACAGAGGAAAGUGGUCAGCUUUGCAUUUGGUUCCAGGGAGGGAAGAGCAGUUUAGUGUUCGUCACAAUAUACGCAGCUGGAGCGAUAACCGAGGAGCCCUGUUCCUUUUGCAGGAGGUGGAGAGUUCGAGCAGCUCCCUUCGCUUGGUGAAGUUCAACACAGUGACGGGAACGCGAACAAUCCUGGCUUUACAAGGCGGCCAUGACAGCAGCGUCUGGGUACCCAGCUCCUCAGGAGAACUUUAUUCUAUAUUCUCUGACGGGAGAGGCUCGUGGAUUGUUACCUUCAGUUACUAUACUGGUGUUGUCUUAAGAAGCGAGCGCACGCGCGUGCCCCUACACACUGAUAAUCUCUUAGUUAAGAUGAACCAGACCAUAUACAACAAUAUUCCUAUGUGCGACAAAGCGAUAAAUAGCACCAACGCGAGGUCUGUCGCGAAAGAAAUUAAUUUGUAUCAUAUAUCACAGUCGCCGGAGUGCCCUCAGUCUGCCUCACAGCACACCACAACGCUACAACACUAUACCCCAGCAGAAGCCACGACCUCCCAUAGGGGCACCAACACUCGUCAAUUCACCAAUAUACAGGCUACUGUUGGCGAAGGUAGUAGGAGCGGUGAAGGUGGUGACGUUUCCACCAGUUCCCUGCCUGAUGGAGAGUCAGCCCACACAUUCCAGACAGGACUUGAGAGCAACCUUAUCUUCGUCAUGGAUGGUAAGAAUGAGAGUGAUACAGUCGGAGAGCCACCACAUCAGAGAGACAAGAAUCACGCCAACAACUCGAUUAUCUUCUUUUCCCUCUCCCUCUCUAUCUUCGCUCUGGUGGGCAUCAUCAUCUUCGUGAGGCGCUGCGUCAGAUGUCCGCUUGCCCACGAGUUGGUGGAGACUCGAGAGGACCAUGGCAAGCCUCCAUCUCCUCUGCCUGUCCUCUACAGCAUCGUAUCUGACGACCCAGCCUACGAGACCUCCACGAACAACUCGCCUUGUCCGUCCCACAACGCCGUGUACGACGCCACCGUCACCACCACCGCUGACACACCUAGCGUCACCACGCCCAACGACGGCACCCCCAACUACAUGACACCCAGCUCCACCACGCCCAUGGGGCUUUCACCCACCACGCCCGUACGCCAUACACUCACGCCUGCAUCCUACCCCAAGCACCCCGUCAGCUUUGCCAUCACCAACACCACCACAGACGCCAUUACUAUCGCCACCAACAACGCCUUUACCAGAUACCUCGCCAACAGUGUCUCGGACCCCACCAGUUUAGAUACCACCACCUCCCUCACCACCACCACCAGCACUACACAGUUCUAAGUGUUCAGUUCACAUCCGAAAGGAGUCAGGUUCUAUUUGCAGGUGGGGAGAAACGUGUGGAUAAAUCUUACACCUGCUGCCCAUGUUCAUUUAGUGGUAAAAAUGACUUAGAAGUUGUUCAAAUGUUAGUUUCAUUCUAGAGGAACAUCCCAAUGGAAAUAGGUCACACUGCUUGAGUGUAUUGGGUUGUCCAGGGUUAAUGUAACCUUAGGUUAAUAACCCCAAGAAUGUCUUCUGUACAGCAAUGUUAAUGCUAAAUAAUUAAUUUGGAGUCUAUUUAAAACAAUGUAUGUCCUAAUGUAACAGAAAAGUUAACUUAAUGAGUAUGUUUAAAUGUAAACUUAAAAAAAACUGCAUUUCAUCAACAACUUGAGCUCUUGGGUCUCUGAUGACACUUCUUAAUGCUUUGUUGAUCUCUAAAAAAGACGUCUAAGCUGUUGUCUGAAACAUUUUAUUUAUAUAUGAAUUUCUAAAUCGAAUGAGUCAUCAGCUCCAGGAGUGGUGGAGGCUUGAUACUCUGUCCACUAAUCAGUUAACCAAUAAAUCUUGCCUUAACUGUACCUAUUGAUCAGUAACUGAAGCGGUACAUUUAAGAGACAAAGUAGAAACAUAAUUAUACCUUAUAUAAUCCAAGUAUGGCUAUACAUCCUAAAUAUCUACCAAGUUUAUACCUUGGAC